CAGGAAUUGGAGGGGUCGGGGGUUGGAUGGGUCAAGUGAUCAUUGGAGAGGUGAAGGAAAUCGGAGAGUUCCUGGCUAGAAGGGUCAGGGGUCAGAGGAUUUGGGUUUAUUGUGGGCUGGAGGUUGGAGAGCACAGGGCAGCGACACUCUGAGACAGGGAAUCCCAGCCAAGUUUGUCAAGUUAGCCUCUCACUGGGUCACUGUGAGAUGGAGGCUCUGAAAUGGCAGCCACUAUGGGAUCCUGCUGUGCUGCUCUACCGCUGACUCAGCUGUGCAAUUAGCACAUCCCUACGUGCUCCAGGCUAUGUGGCUCGGCUGUCUCCAUAACCUCCUGCUGGCAGUGGCCUGGACCCUUAUCGUCUCCUCCACAGGCUCGACUCGAGAUGACCAACCGACUGCGCUGUCAGUGACAGGCCGUGAGGGGGAGACUGCGACCCUCAGCUGUGACCUCUCUUUCAGCAAAGACCAUCAGACAACACAAGUCAUUGAAUGGCUCAACAAAGGCCUGGUGCUGCCCAUAUUCAUCAAGUUUGGAGUUCACCCCCCACGCAUUGACGCAGCCUACCUGGGUCGCCUGGGAUUAGUGGAAGGGACAUCACUGCGGAUGGAGCGGUUACAAGCUCAGGAUGAAGGCUGGUAUCGUUGUCGGAUCUUAUUCCUCACACAUCCCUAUGAUUCCCAGAACGGGACGUGGACCUAUCUCUCUGUUCGCACCCCACCCAGCUUCAGGAGGACCCCGCCAGCCGUGGUGGAAAUUCAACUCGGAGAGCCGGUGCGCCUGCACUGCGAUGCCCAGGGGCGGCCCCAGCCUCUCAUCAGCUGGACCAAGGAUGGGGCACAGCUGCCCCUGACAACCGGACCUCCAGCCGGGCAACGAUACCAGGCGAGAAACGGGAGCCUGGAGAUCGAGGCGGUGAGGCGUGGUGCUGCUGGGAUAUACAUGUGUGAGGCCAGCAAUAGUGAAGGCAGCAUAACCCACACCAGCGAGCUGCUCGUGAGGGCUCCACCAGUCAUUGUACAGCCACCCAGAAAUCUGACUGUGAACUAUACCCAGGACGCCCUCUUCACAUGCCACGCUGAGGCGUACCCGAGCAACCUGAGCUACUCCUGGUACAGGGACGGCAUCAAUGUUCAUCAUGACAGCACGCUCCGUGAUCGGGUGUCUGUGCUGACAGACGGAAGCCUCUUGGUUAAAGAUACAGUCCCUGGGGACUCUGGACGUUACACUUGCAUUCCCAUCAAUGGGCUGAACCCUCCCACUGAAGCCACGGCCUCCCUGUGCAUCCUCCACCCUGCUUUCACCAGGAGGAUGGCUAGGCUGACCGUUCUGCCAGCGGGAAUGCCAGGACAGAUUCGAUGCCCCUGGGUGGCAAACCCCCCCCUCCUCUACGUCAACUGGACAAAGGAUGGAGCAGCACUAGAUGUCAACAAGGUUCCGGGUUGGUCCCUGGACAGUGCUGGAAUGAUAGUGAUCUCGAUGGGGAAUGAUGAUGCAAUUGGAGAGUAUUCCUGCACUCCAUACAACAGCUACGGGACCCUGGGGGCAUCAGACCCCACCAACGUCAUUUUAAAGGACCCACCCAGGUUCCUAACAAAGCCUGCCCCCAAUUACCAUCAGGAACUGGGCCAGGAACUCAGCAUCAACUGCUCUGCCACUGGGGACCCGGAGGCCAGGAUCAGCUGGAGCAAGGAGGACACCAAUUCCCCGGGACAGUUCCAGGUCCUUGAGGAUGGGACACUGUUCUUCCGGAGCGUCAGGAAGGAUCACCAUGGAACGUGGACUUGCAAGGCAUCGGAUAAUCUCACUGAGAUCACAGCCAGCACCAUGGUGUGGGUGACAGGAACCAGCCCCCACUCUGUCACUAGCCUGAGGGUGAGGCCAGGCGUGUUCGCUGUCAACGUCUCCUGGGAACCCGGCUUCGAUGGUGGUCACCCACAGCACUUCACUGUCUGGUUCAGGCAGAUAUCCCGUGGGUCCCACGACUGGAUUAUCCGAAUGGUUCCAGAUGGACACUCCAGCCUGAGUGUGGACCACCUGUGGUCGAACACCGGCUACCAGUUCAGUGUCCUGGCCCAGAGUGAUCAUGGGAGUGGGCCCUUCAGUCAGAUCGUCAAUACCCACACCCUCAGUGUUCCCGCGGCGACAGCCGCCCCGCGGCGCCCCCCAGUGCCCAGCGACGGGCCCCGCAUCCUGCUACCCCCCCGUGACCUGGUGGUGAAUCGGACGGCGCGCGGUGUGGUGCUGCGGUGGAGCGCUCCCCCCUCCCCCUCCCGCCUCCCCCUGGCCUACGUGCUGGAGUACCGCCACGGAGGCGCCUGGGCCGUACUGCACAGCGCGAUCCCAGCCCAGGAGGACCAGCUGCUGCUGGCGGGACUUGUCAAGGAUGUUUCCUAUCAGUUUCGAAUGAUUUCCCUCAGUGGGGAGCUGGUCAGUGAGCCCAGUGAUAUUGUUAAUAUCUCAACCUCAGGAAUGUCCAGCUACCCCUCGGGAGAGACGAUGUGGGAGCCUUUCACACAUUCCAUAAGGGCUGGCAUCAUCGCUGGAGCGUGCUUCCUCACAAGUGCCUUUGCCAUCAGCAUCCUGGUUUCACAUGUCAUGAGGUGCAGAAGACAGGCGCAGAUGCAAAAUGUUCCCGUCAUUUUCGGUCGCUAUCAGAAGUCUCCAAAUACAGAGCGCUCUGACAGCCCAGACAGCGUGCUGAAGCUCAAGUUGGAGAGCUCUCUCUACGAGACGUUUGAGCGUGCGGCUGUGUCUCCUGGCAAGGCUGGACGAGGGAGACCUGUGCAGUACGAGACCCACCUCGGCUGCCUGGAGUCCAUUCGACGGGGAGCCGAUGGCCGCUUCGUGGUGCAGUCAGAGCCCGAGAUCCUGCCCCACCCACCUCCUCCUGCGCCCCCUGUGCCUUGCCCCCAAGCCCAGCCGGUUCAGGCCAGGGCCCUGCUGAGGCCAAAGGCCCAUGGCCAGGCCCGGCCCCGACCUCGGGCCUGCUACUUCGCCACGGCAACCAGCAGCCCUGCCGACCAAUCCCAGCCUCCCCCCAGCCCCGACUUAAGCCCCAUCGCCCCUCGGGCCCUCCCAGCUCCAUCCCAACCGGCCUCGCAUCCCCCCGAGGGCCCAGCCCCCAGACCCACCUGCAGCCAGUUCGGGCUAGGCCCCGUUGCCGACAGCGACAGAGGCCCUGACCGCGGGUCCUCUUUUCCGCAUUCCUUGGAGUCGGUUCCCGCUAGGGGUGUGAGCCCAGGCCCCGGCAAGGUUGUCCUGUUGCUCCCGGGAGGGCGAGGGGAGGCUCCGGGGCCUGGGCCCGCCAAGCGCAAUGGCCCCCAGGCCACACUCUGCUCUGGGAGCCAGGCCUUUCUCCGCGAAGGAUCCGCGAGCUGCUGUCCCUCCUCAGCAAACUCAGAAGCCGCAGCUAGCUCUCUCGCCCCCAGCAGCAGCGGCUACCACAGCAGAGAGGCCUCCUGGAGGCUCUCUGAAGACAGGAGCCAUAAUAAGAGGGAGGCCCCGGCCGAGGAGGAGCACGAGUGGGAUGCCGGAGCCGCCAUGGGUUCAGAGAUUCUUGAGACCUUGAGGGGCUACCAGAGGAGAAAACGUCCACACUCGAGUAUCGUUCUCCACGAGCUCGCCCCGACAGGAGGUGCUGCUCCCUGGGAGUUGAGGCGAUCCGGGACAGUUCAGUCUCUGGGAGCGCCCAGUUCUCUCCAGGGUCUCCGGUCAUCUCGGCAGGACAUGGAGUCUCGCUGCGCCGCUCUCCGGGAGGAAUUCCAGGAAUACCGGAGGCAGAAGGAGCAGGAGAUGGCGGAGAGAACACGGGCCAACUUUGAGCUGGCCACUCUGCUGUGAGGGGGUCCAGUGGGAUUGCACUGUGUAAUGACUCCAUGCGGUGGCAGCUGUAGGGAGGGGGUGUUCCAAUGGAGGUAGAUCCACAGGCUGGGAAAUCUCCUGCCUCACCUCCAGGUUCGGUUGGGAUUGCACUGUGUACUUUUCUCCCGGUGCCUGAAACAGAAAGGUUGUGAGUAGAUUGGGUGACCUGUUGGGAAACCGAGAGGUUCUCGCAGACCAGAAACCCAGGGCCUGAGGCCGAAACUACUGCUGAAACACUGAAUAAAUAUCAAUCACUUUCUCUAGAA